AUGACAUCCUCGUCGACACCGAAGAUGUUCCAAACCAUGUCUCCAGCCCCAACUUCAACGUCAUUGUCAGGAUCCCCACCUGCCCCACAAGCCUCCGCAAUGCCCCCGGCUGUACACGACCAGCCAAGCAGUACACAACACGGCACAUCAGCACCAAAUAGCCCCUCGGAAUCAAAAGUCAACCCUCUAAGAAAGCCUCUGCUUCGCCUCGAGCUUCGCGAUCUCUCAUCAGAUGGCUCGCGCGCAUUCCUUCGCCUCGUGCACGCCUCCGCAGCCCUCGAGUCCGCAGUCGAUACGGUCCUGCGCCAACUCUACACCGACAUUGACAAGUCAUGCAUACCGCCAACACGAUCGAUCACCUUGGUAGUGAGAGAUAUGGACGGUGUAGCCUACACAACUGGUCUUGACAUUGACGACGACCACAAAGAGAUCCACCUAAGCACCAAAUACAUUGAGCACGUGUCGGAAUCGCGGCAGAAAGAGGAGAUAAACGGUGUCCUUGUACAUGAGAUGGUGCACUGCUGGCAGCAUCACGGCGGCAACACGGCACCGGGAGGCCUGACAGAGGGUGUUGCGGACUGGGUGCGUCUAAAGGCUGGGUAUGCGCCGCCGCAUUGGAGACGCAGAGGGGACUGCGACUGGGACGCUGGAUAUGAGCGCACGGCGUACUUUCUGGAGUGGUUAGAGAAAGAACAUGGCGAGGAUGUGGUUAGGAGGAUCAAUCAGGCGCUGAGGGGAUGCAAGUACGAUGCUAAAAAGGUAUGGCAUGAUUGCUGUGGUCAUAGUGUCGAGAAGCUGUGGGAAGGAUAUAAGAGAAGCCUCGACACAGAGUCGCAACCGGAAAAUGAGGAAAGUCACGAAGGAAAGCAGGAGAGCGAGGACGUGUCGCCUGCACCGACAGAAGACCACCGGACACCACGCGAGAAAGCACGACGAGGAGGCAAUAUGAUGGUGCCACUUCGUCCACGUGUAUCAUGA